AUGGGAACCCGCCCUCGCGUCUUGAAUGCCCUACGUGCAACAAACUGGGAAUUCGGGGCUCUUUUUAUUGCGGACAAGAGUGUUUCAAAGCUGGAUAAAACCCACAAAAUCAUUCACGAUCUAGCCAAGACAGGCGGCGCUAAUUUAGCCUCAGAUGGCACCUACAACCCGUUUGUGAAUUAUGCGUUCACUGGAACGCUUCGUCCGGUCUACCCGCUGUCGCCCAAGCGUCAGGUGCCGGCGCAUAUCCCAAGGCCCGAUUAUGUCGACGCCGACGGGAGGCCGCUUUCGGAGAUCGCUCGUGCAGGUCAGCCGCCUAGGAUACUCAGCCUGGAAGAACAAGAGAAAAUGCGCACCGUCUGCCGGCUCACACGCGAGGUCCUCGAUAUAGCGGCAUCACAUAUUCGCCCCGGCGUCACCACUGACGAGAUAGACGAAAUCGUACAUAACGCCACCAUUGAAAGGAACGCGUAUCCUUCUCCUCUCGGAUACCGGAACUUCCCCAAAUCGGUCUGUACAUCCAUAAACGAGGCCAUUUGCCAUGGAAUACCCGAUCAGCGGAAAUUGAGAGAAGGAGAUAUCAUAAAUAUAGAUGUCUCGGUGUAUUUCGAAGGUUAUCACGGUGAUCUCAACGAGACAUAUCCAGUCGGAGAAAUAGACGAAGACUCGAAACGAUUAAUUCGCACUACACGUGAGAGUCUGGAUGAAGCUAUCAAGAUCUGCAAACCAGGAGCUCUGUUCCGAGACUUGGGUAAAGUAAUUGAGCCAAUAGCACGCGCGAAUGGUUGCGCGGUCGUCCGUACGUACACCGGCCAUGGUAUCAACGACUUGUUCCACACCGCUCCAAACAUACCGCACUAUGCCAAAAACAAAGCUGUUGGGACCAUGAAGCAUGGAAUGGUCUUCACAAUAGAACCUAUGCUCAACUUGGGCACCAACUGGGGUGAUGUCCACUGGCCCGACAAUUGGACAGCAACUACCCUCGACGGAAAGCGCAGCGCUCAAUUUGAGGACACUAUAUUAAUUACCGAAACUGGCCACGAAAUACUCACAAAUCGUCGCAGCUGA